AUGAGUUGUUUUGCACUGCCUAUCUCGCUCUGUGCUCAGAUGCAGAGCAUUAUAGCUAAAUUUUGGUGGAGUGGUAGCGAUGAUAAAAGAAAGAUUGCCUGGGUUAGUUGGAAGAAAAUUUGCAAAGCAAAGAAGGAGGGAGGCCUCGGAUUUCGCAAUCUGCGAGCUUUCAACCUUGCGAUGCUAGCGAAACAGGCUUGGCGGUUCAUUCAGUCUCCUCAAUCACUCUGUGCUCGGGUAUUUAAAGCCAAAUACUUUCCCCAUGUAAGUUUUCUUCAAGCUUGCUCAAGACCGGGGUCUAGUUAUGCAUGGAACAGUAUUAUGGAAGGAAAAAAGAUUAUAGACUCAGGGAUAGCGUGGCGGGUAGGUGAUGGCAAGUCGAUUGAUGCUAGGAAGGAGAGCUGGAUUUCCACGGCUAAGUAUAUGAAACCCCUCGGCCAAAUUAAUGUGCCUGCGGACUGCAAGGCCAGCGACUUUAUUGAUGCUUCCUCUGCAACGUGGGAUAGAGAUAAGUUAGCAGCUACUUUUAGUCCACAGGAAGUAGGUAACAUUCUGAGGCUGCCCCUUAGCAGGAGAUUGCCGCCGGACAAGCUCUUUUGGCCGCUUAACAAGCACGGUUUUAACACUGUUAAAUCUGGUUAUUACAGAGCUUGUGAGAUUAUUAACAAAGACGAAGCUAGUCCUUCUACGGUUGAUGAUCAGAACGGGUUGUGGAAGCUGUUGUGGCGAUGUCCUAUUCUGCCUAAGAUUAGGCAUUUCCUAUGGCGAAUUUGCCAUGGUACCCUCCCAUGCAAUGAUAACUUGAUGAAAAGGUCAGUCCCGGUGAUGAAUGUUUGCCCUAGGUGCGGAGAUAUGCAGUAG